GACUGUGCACAGCUGACAGUCGCGCGGGCGAGGGACCUUCAAGGAUGGCGGCGUCCGCAGCGCUGAUCCUGCCCGAGAGCCCCAGCAUGAAGAAAGCGGUGCCGCUGAUAAAUGCAAUAGACACGGGGAGAUUCCCACGACUUCUCAGCCGGAUUCUUCAAAAGCUCCACUUGAAGGCCGAGAGCAGUUUCAGUGAAGAAGAGGAAGAAAAACUUCAGGCUGCAUUCUCUCUAGAGAAACAAGAACUUCACCUGGUUCUGGAGACAAUAUCAUUUGUUUUGGAACAGGCAGUGUAUCACAACGUGAAGCCAGCAGCACUGCAGCAGCAAUUAGAGACGAUUCAUCUUACGAAAGACAAAGCGGAAGCCUUUGCCAGUGCUUGGUCGGCUAUGGGUCAGGAGACAGUUGAGAAGUUCCGCCAGAGGAUCCUGGGCCCUCACAAGCUAGAGACAGUAGGAUGGCAGCUUAACCUGCAAAUGGCCCACUCGGCUCAAGCAAAACUGCAGUCACCUCAGGCCGUGCUGCAACUGGGAGUGACCAUGGAAGAUGCAAAGAACAUGGAGAAAGUUCUAGUGGAAUUCAACCACAAGGAGCUGUUCGAUUUCUACAACAAGCUGGAGACCAUACAAGCGCAGCUGGACUCCCUCACAUGAUGUUCUUGAAGACUGGCUUCCUUCGCCAUCACAUUCCGGCCACCUCACUCUUUCACACUGAAGAGAGACUGCCCAAGUAUAUUUUCUAGAGGAUUCGGUGACUCUAUUGCUACAGAUAAUAUGACUUAUUGCAUCUUAGACAAAUAGCAGUGAUGGGAGAUCACAGUAGGAGCACUGGGUUUCGACUGUGCCUUCUCUCCUCACAGGAGCAAUUGUUGAGAAAACGGAAGAAGUAAGGAGUGAAUGCCAUGCUGCUUUUUCUUUUCUCUCUCUCUCUCUCUUUAACAAUUAUUUUAUUAGAUAUUUUCUUCAUUUACAUUUCAAUGCUAUCCCAAAAGUCCCCUAUACCCUAACCCUACCCCGCUCCCCAUCCCUCCCACUCCUGCUUCUUGGCUCUGAUGUUCCCCUGUACUGCGGCAUAGAAAGUUUGCAAGACCAAAGGGCCUCUGUUUUUUCUGUCAGAUUGCUUUCAGGGAUCAAGGAAAGUCUGUAGGCAGAAGGUAUGAUGGUGCCCUAGCAGAGUAUGAAACCUUACCCAUUACAGUAAUUAAUUAGGGAAGCAGCCGCAGGCCGUCAAAUGUUUUGGCAUUUGUCCUGCAACAUUCUUUUGCUUGAGGUAUAGUGCAGGAAAGAAAUCUAAAAUGGUGCCAGUACUGCUGUGAGUUCAUCCCACUGCGCUCCCCUUGACUCCCCCUGAAUGUUCCUGACUUUAAUGACUUCAAAAUCAUCUAGGUUUACAUAUAUCUCUGCAGAUUACUAACAGUGCACUUCUCAGUGUUUCAGAUUGCGAAUGAAAACUUGACCUGUAAUGAGUAUGACAUGAGAAUCUUACAUGUUCACUCAAAAACUUUAUGCAUCCUUUUAUGAAUAUACAUGUUCACUGGUUUCAGUCAAUAAAAAUUUUCUACCUUAGAAUUAUUUAAA